AUGAGCUCGGCAGCGAGGUUACAGACGCAGGUCUCCGCGAUCAUGGACGUGCUGGCGAAGGCGGCGGUGGCGGAGAUCAGUCAGCUACGCGACUGCUGCUCACUGAGAGCGAACUACAGAGAGUCGCUGCAAACAGAUGCUCCAUCGGAGUACAGGUGGAGAUCGUGGACACGAGUGAGCCUGCAGUCCUGCUGGAGGAGCAUCAAUGAAGAGGAGCUCGGCGGCCUGGAGUUUGAGAUGAAGAUCGAACAGGUGGAGGAACUUGUUGAUCAGAAGCUGAAUCAAGUUCAAGCAGAGCAGAAGAACGAAACCCGUCGGGAAGAUGGAAACUCGUGGCGUUGGAAAGCGUUCGACGAUCCGGAGAGUCUGAUAGAGCAACGACCCCAGAUGCUUCCAGAUUCGAACGUGAUGAUGGAGGAUCCGGCGGCGCAGGCUUCAUCUGGUUUGUUCUUUUUCGGCUUUGGCGCUUCUGGAGACGCUGAGUACGGAUUGAAUCUUCCUCGACAGGAAUGCUCAUCCGGAUCCGGCGACUCCGCGGCGUUCUCGUUCUCGCGGCCCAAACCGUUCCGCUGUGAGGAAUGCGGGAAGGGCUUCAUGCAGCGGAUGCGUUUGAUCACGCACAGACGAGUGCAUACAGGCGAGAAACCCUUCCACUGUCAGUUGUGCGGGAAAACCUUCUCCAGACAGGACAACUGUCUCCGGCACGUGCGCCUGCACAGCGGACAGAGAUGAAGAACGCCGAUCCCAACGCUUUGUCUCAAAGUGAGAUUUCUGCAUAUUGUAACUAGGGCUGCACAAUAAAUCGAAAUUAAAUCGCUACGAUUGUCA